GGAUGGGGGGUGAGAGGGGGGUCCCCUUGCUGGGGCACAGAGGGUUCCCAGCUCUAAGCCUCCUCCAAGCUGUGUGUGCCGUCCCUUGUCUCUGAGCCCCGCCAGAACAGCUGGCCACAACCCCUUGGGGCGGGGGGGGUCACUGCAGCAUCAGGGCACCCCCUUACUCCAACCAGCUCUGAUUCUGGGACACACACCCUGGCUUCUUUCCCUCAAGUGGCAGCACCUUUGUGACACCCCCUCCCCCACAACUCUCCCAGCCUGCACUGUUGCCCCUUCUCCAGCCUUCCUUCCCCUCGGGAAAGACAGCCCACCCCCACCCACCCCCAGGCCCUGGCCAGACCAUACUGCUGGGAUCUGCUCAUGUGGCUGACAGCCUGGGGGCCUCAUGUCUGGGCCAUGCCCAUUCUCCAACGCCUCUCCCAGCACACCAAGAAGCGCAGCUGCCUGCACCCCUCCACCUCUCCUCAGCAGAGCAAGGGGGAAGAUGAACGGGGGAUCCCUUCCCUUCCCUUCCCUUCUGCAUGAGCCCAGCCAGAGCUGCACCCCAGCUUCACAGGCUCUGGAGAGACUACAAGGGCCUUAGGGUGAGUGGGACUGGGUCACACGGGCGGAUCUAUCACAAACCUGGGAAUCCCACCUCAAUCUCCUUGGUUCUGCCCGUAGUGGACUUUCAAACCCUCCUGCCAACUGCCCACUGGGGGUCUGUACUAGCCCCUCCCCACAUCAGGGCUUUAGCCUGCCACCCCAGAGUUGUGCAGAGAACUGAUCUGGAUUGCAACACCCCACUACCCUCCCCAUGGCUCAGCUCUCUUCUCUGCAUGCCCAGCUGAUUGGGGUCUGGGAUCCAGGACUCCUGGGUUCUAUCCUCAGUUUUGGAAGGAUUGUGGGGUCCAUUGGCUUGUGGAGGAGGGUUCUGGCUGGAAGCCAGGACCCCUAGGUUCUCUUCCCAGUUGGCUGUCUGACAGUGGCAGAGUCUCCUUCCCUGUUUGUGCCUCAGUUUUCCUCCCUGUAUUGGAAGCCUCCCUGAUGUCAGGGUGAGGGGAUAGGGCAUCUGGGCAGGCUCUUGGGUGGGCGCUGGGGACAGAUAUACAACCCAGGAUAAACCAAGUCCCUGGGGGAUGGUGCCCAGGACCCUUGGUGUCUGGGGGUGGCCAGGCAGCUGCCAGGUUUGGCUGGCGGCCCAGACAUGCUCAGAGCCCAAUGCAUCUGAGUGCAACGUGAGAGUGAAGGGAAUAAUGAAUUAAUAACGAUGCUGCAGGCAGCGAAGGGGUAGUGGGAAGGGGGCACUGCCAGAGGGAGCCCGUCUCCCCAACCUGGUCACCCAGCCGAGAUGGAGCCCCCGGACCAACCGGACGGUCUGGGGUGUGGCCCUGUGUACGAUGUCCCAGACCCACAUGCCUUCCCCCAGCCCAGGCCAGCACGGGGGUCUCUGAACAACGUCAGCCUCCUGGAUCGUCUGCUCCUCACCCAGUCUGUCUGGCUGCAGCUGAGCCUCAACUCUGCCACCGCCCUGCACAUCCUGCAGCGUGAGCCCCCAGGGACAUUCCUGGUGCGCCAAUCAAACACACGCCGAUGCCGAGUGCUCUGCUUGCGGCUCCUAGAUGACUUGGCCCCGGCCUUCGUGGCUAGCUACUGCCUGCAGGAGAGAGCAGCAGGCAUCUCUCUAGAGGGCUCAUCUUGGAGCUUCCCAGACCUGCUGCACCUGGUGGCCUUCUACUGCCUGAGCCGGGAGGUUCUCCCGCUCGCCCUACGCCUGCCCCAAGCCAUCCAGCAGGCCUUGUCGCACAAGGAACUGGAGGCCAUUUCCCACCUGGGGCUCGAGUUCUGGAGCUCUUCUCUCAAUGCCAAGGACCCCCCGGAGGCGCCUGAGCCCCCACUCUGUGGGGAUGCUGCCCCUGCAGCUGGCCAGCUGGGUGCGAUCCCCACGCGGAGCCCAAGGGAGCUGGACUGUGGCCUGGGCAAUGGGGCUCUGGGCUUCCUGAACCCCCUGUUCCAGAGCAGGGAUGGGGGCUUGCGGCGGGAUGACUUCAAGCGCAGCAUUAAAGUGCGGGUGUCCACUGAGACCUCCAGCCCUCUCUCACCACCCCCCAAGCCACCGCCCCCCAUCCCUUCCAGCCAGACAGGGAUGCCCCCCACCCCGCGCCAAGAGCCGGGCCAGAACUCACUGCUCAGCGUGUCGGGGUAUCGGGUGCCCCAGAGGGCUGGGGAGCCCCUUAAUCCCAAGCCAGCUGGGAUCAGCCUCCCAUCUCUGCAGGAGCUGGACAGCGGGUCCCCCAGUGGCUCAGAGAGCGAGGGGGGUGGGGGUCCACGGGCCCCCUCACCUCCUGCCCAGCGCCGCCCCCGUACCCCUUUGCGCUCCAUGAGCGAUGCCGUCCUGGCAGUGCUGGCCCCUGAGAAACAGCUGGCACGGGCCGUGGAGGGGCUGGCGCGGGACCGGAGCACCAGGCUGGGAGCCAGCGUCCAGGAUUUCCUGACCUUAGUGAGGGGUGGCGGGGGGGAGUGGCAGUCCAGCCACGAGCUGCUGAGCCCCAUCCGGACCUUCCUGACCCACACCAAGACUCAGCUGCUGCAGAGCCCAGCCCUGGAGCUGCCGAGCCCCACGCUGCUGCCUGAUCACAGGCUGGACGCUGUGCUGGAACGGGCCCUACAUCGUUGUGUGCUGAAGCCCCUCAAACCAGUGCUGGCGACCCGUCUGCGCAGACUACGCGUGGCAGAUGGGUCCCUGGGCCAGCUCCGGGAGAACCUGCGGCUGGUGCGGGAGCAGGGCCCUGGUGCCUUCCCAGCACGGGCGACCCUGCCUAGCCCCCAUGACACCCAGAGGGCACGGCGCAAACUGCUGCAGCUUCUGCGUGCCUAUUCGCCCAGCACCCAGGUGACACUGCUGCUGCAGGCCUGCAAGGGUGUCUACCGAGCCAUGGGGGCAGCCCCGGAUGGGAGCUAUGGGGCGGACGAGUUCUUGCCGUUUCUGAGCUUCAUCCUGGCUCAGUGCGACUUGCCCCAGCUGCUCAUGGAGGCUGAGUACGUGAUGGAGCUGAUGGAGCCCAGCCAGCUCCUGGGAGAAGGGGGCUAUUACCUGACCACUCUCCAGGCCAGCCUGGCACUGUUGGGGCAUUUCCAUGAAGAGGAGCCGAGGGAGCUGCGCCCCGAUGUCCAGAAAGCCCUGAGCUGGCGGCACCAGAGCCCGUCGGGGCAGCCCCCUGGCAGCCCGUGCCAGGACCCACAGCCUGAGAAAACCCAGGCCCCCUGCAGUGAGUACCACUCCACCACACCUGCGCUGGGAGCCCAGGGGAUGGCGGAGCAGCUGUGGGGGCACCCCACAGACAACAGUCUCCCUCUGCACCCUGAGGGACAUCACCAGCCCCAGGAGCAGCCAGCACAGCACUGCCACCCCAGGGAGAUGGGACCCGGGCCGGGACCCACACACAGGCUGCUCCGCAAAGGGGCUAUCGACCUGGACGAGCCCCUCUGACCUGGGAUGCCUGGUUCUGUCCCAGCUCUAGGAGGGGAGUGGGGUCUAAUAGGUUAGAGCAGUGGGGCAGGGAGUGAGGUCUCCUGGGUUCUAAUCCAAGCUUUGCUGCGACUAGCUUUAUGACCACGUCCCUCUUUGGUGCCUCAGUUUCCCCUUCUGUAAAACAGGGUGAAUAAGACCUGCAGCAGCGUGGAAGGGAUGUCUGUCCCAAGUAGCCCCUCCCUAUUCUACUCUCAGGGGGAAGGGAUUCUGGGGGAGCCUUUUCCUCACUCUCUGGAGGUGGGGCAGGGAGUAUCAGCUUGUGACAAUCACUCCUGAUUUGAAUAAAAGUCAGUUAAAUUGCAAAAGAGAGAGCAAGAGAGAGAAAUUCUUUCUCUAGUGACACAGAGGAUCAAUGUACAUACACCAGGGGGAUUUGCUGGCACAAAAACCUCUUCUGCUGAUGCUAUUUUUGUAGGGCCUACUUAAUUAAAUAUUUCUUUGUGGAAAAAUUAUUUCAUUUUUUAUUCUCCCAAAAGCGACAUGUCUGUUUGUCUGAGGCCUCAAAUUUACGAAGUUCAUAUAUUACAAGAAAAGGAGUUCUGUAACAAAAUGCUCUUGUAUCAAUAUUAUUGUAGGACCUACUUUAUUUACUAUUUGUAAAAAAAAAUUACUUUGUUCGAAGAGUGGCAUUCUUUGUUUUUAACUCGAGUCUGUUUGGUUUUUUUUAAUUUAUUUUCUGAAACUCUAAAUAUAUGUUUUUGAUAAAUACAAUG